CGAUGAUCAUUCGGCUGGUUUGACGUGCAUUGGUGAACAUGUCACUUGCAAAUAUUCAGAAAAUCAUACAAAAUGCAGCAAAUAUCUCACUGAAAUAGGAGAAAUAUCUUACACAAAUAGUCCAGCUUACUUACCAGGUGCACUUUCUUGUAGUAAAAAGCAAACGUCUUAGCGAAGUUUGUGGUUUUGCCCUCCUCAAGGCGCCAUGUCUGACACAUGGUCUGAUAUUCAAGAACACAAACGAAAACAGGAGAGUUUGCGCGAGAGAUUACAGAAACGGCGAAGGGAAAGACAAGGGAUAGGGCUUAGUGAAACAGAUGGCAAGUUCAUCAACACCUCCACCUUCGUCACCUCAAUCCAUAGAAGACAGCAGCAGCGGGAAAAAACAACCAGAAUUUGUGAAAGUUGACCCUCAGCUGGAAAAUAGUCUCAUCGCAUGUUUAUGGGACUCCACCUUUAUUUUUCCUGUGGAUUCAGUCGUUAUCACCAACCACUUAAAAAAUCAGGAAAAUGCUGUCAACCCUACCAGAGAAGCAAUACAAAACUUACUAGAGAAGCUUGCUAUCCAGGAUUUUAUCUGUAUAAAGCCAGGGACUGCUCAAGAUGGUAGGCCCUGUGUGAUUGUGACAGAAAAAGACCAUUCUAAGUUAGAUGCUGUGGCCCAGGAGCUAAACCUAGCAGACAAAACAGCUAAUACGAGAAAGAGAAAGCGAGAAAGUGAGUCGUCUGAUGCUGUUAAGGAUGUUGUGCCGGCCAAAGUCAAGGAAGAAACCCAAGAUGACCUACAGAAACUUCUCUCCCAGCCUACAAUGAAGGAACAAGAGAGCAAAAAAGUUGGCCUAGACAUCUUGGAUCUGUUGAAUGUGCCAUCUCACAAGGAGCAAGGCAUAGCCCAAAAGUUCAAGUCGCAGGGCGGGGCUUUUGUCCAUGAGUUCUGUGAACAUGGGACACAUGAAGACUGCCGUAAGAAUAAAAAACAUGGGCAGCCAUGUAAGAAAGUCCACUUCAGGAAGAUCCUACAGAAACACACUGAUGAGACUCUUGGAGACUGCUCAUUUCUUAACACAUGCUUUCAUAUGGACACAUGCAAGUAUGUACAUUAUGAGGUAGAUUAUAAUGACAUGGCAAUGAAGAGGAAAGAAGAAAUGGAGAAAGACAAGCUAAAAGAUGAGGUCUCAUCAUCAAAGGAAGAUUCUGGGAAAAUUAUUCUCUAUCCUCCACAGUGGAUAUCUUGCGAUGUGCGCUCACUUCAGAUGGACGUUCUUGGGAAGUUUUCCGUUAUCAUGGCCGACCCUCCUUGGGACAUCCACAUGGAGCUGCCUUAUGGGACAAUGUCUGAUGAUGAGAUGAGGAACCUUAGCGUCCCCUCUCUUCAGGACAAUGGCUAUAUCUUUCUGUGGGUUACUGGCAGAGCUAUGGAGCUUGGUCGAGAAUGCCUUGAAAUUUGGGGCUAUGAACGGUGUGAUGAGUUGAUCUGGGUGAAGACCAACCAAUUACAACGACUAAUUAGGACAGGACGGACCGGACACUGGAUCAACCAUGGAAAAGAGCAUUGCUUGAUUGGAGUUAAAGGCGAUACCACUGGGUUCAAUCGGGGCAUGGACUGUGAUGUUCUCGUUGCUGAGGUCCGUGAGACAAGUCACAAGCCUGACGAGAUUUAUGGACUGAUAGAACGUCUUUCACCAGGAACAAGGAAGAUAGAACUGUUUGGUCGCCAGCAUAAUGUCCAGCCCAAUUGGAUUACCCUGGGGAACCAACUGGACGGAGUGCGGUUGCUUGAUCCGGAGGUUGUCGCUCGCUUCAAAAAACGCUACCCCGACGGCAACCCCAUGACAAAGAAGCCAAGCUGAUGUCGAGAGAAGCCAUGUGACUGAUUUUAACAGAAAGCCAUGUCAGUGCUGAUGUCACAGUUUUAUCGGAACUGGUACUGAUGACGAGAAAGACAUUGACUGAUUAGGGAAAGGUCUAACAGGAAGAUAUACCAGUUGAUGUUAGUCGUAUAUAUCGGAACCCAUGUCAGUGCUGAUUUCAACGGGGAGCCAUGUGACUGCUACUGCCGAAAUCAAUUUAUACCGAAAACUAAGUCACUACUAAUGGUACAGUUAUGCUAUAUAACUGCUAUUAAAUGUGGGAGCUAUCAAGCGUCGUAUUAUCCAUGAGCCGUAUCCAAUGCAAAUGCAAGCAUUUAAAAUUUAUUUUAUUUUUAUUUUAUUAGCUUUGCCACAAUAGGCGGGGUAGUCGCAACAGCAUGGCCAUUUACUGCGGACUCUUUAAAAACUACAUAAUUACAACAGAUAAUAGAAGAUGUAAAAAGACUAUUUACAACAAGUUACAGGACGAGCUAGACUACGGCAUGAAUUACAAUUAAUACAGACAGUUUUGUACGUACGCGGAUCUUCUGCGUCGUAGAAAUCUAAGGCGGCAAAGAAGUAGUCUAGAAUGGCUGAUUUGAAAGAGCUUAAAGAAGAGUAGUUAAUCAAGUUUAGUUCACUGGAGAGUUCCAUAUCCUAGUUGUACGGACAAAAAAAGAUUUCUGAUAUGUUGUAGUUUCACACUUAGGUUCAGUGUACUUUACACAGUUUAGGGAGGAUCUUGUUUGCCUUGUGCGACGUAUAGUAGGGAGAAGUGACGGAUUUAGGUUUAGAAGUUCAUUGGUCAUUUUAAAAAAGAAUACUAAGUCCAGGUACUCGUGCCAGUAGGUUAAAGGGAAAAGAUGCAGAAAUCUGAGCCUAGAGCUGUAUGAUAUUUAUGUAAAAAAUGAAAGUUCCAGUAUGUA